AUGAUGGCGGCGGCCGCGAGCGGCAGCAGCGGCGGCGGCGGCGGCUGCAGCAGCAGCGACACGUCCAGCACCGGCGAGGAGGAGAGGAUGCGGCGCCUCUUCCAGACGUGCGACGGCGACGGGGACGGGUACAUCAGCAGAAAUGACUUGUUGAUGGUCUGCCGUCAGUUGAAUAUGGAAGAGUCUGUGGCUGACAUCAUGAACCAAUUGGGUGCAGAUGAAAACGGGAAGAUUUCCUUUCAGGAUUUUACAAGGUGCCGCAUGCAGCUUAUCCGAGAAAUUAGGAAGGAAGAAGUAGAGCUUUCUGGGAAGUCAGACAACUCCUGUAAAAAGAAGCUGAGGGAUAGAAUCGCUUCCUGGCCCACAAGCAGUGACAACAGUUUGGGUGCCUUAUCAGCAGCCAGAGAGAGCUGGGAGUACGACUCUGGUGCCAGGGACCUGCAGAGCCCAGACUUGCAGAGUCAGCCAGCCCUACAGACGCUGCCCGAGUGUGGCCCAAGUUCUCUGCACCAGCACGCGGCCCUCCACCAGCUGCUCACACAGUCCCCGCACUUUGGCAGCCCCGUGGGAGGAAGUUAUCUGGAGCUGGCCAACACGCUCCAUUCAGCAGCCCUGGCAUCACUGAAGGGAGAUAUCGUGGAGCUCAACAAACGUCUGCAGCAAACAGAGCGGGAACGGGACCUUCUGGAAAAGAAAUUGGCCAAGGCACAGUGUGAGCAGUCCCACCUCAUGAGAGAGCAUGAGGACGUCCAGGAGCGAACCACACUUCGGUAUGAGGAACGCAUCACGGAGCUGCACGGAGUCAUCGCUGAGCUCAACAAGAAGAUAGAGCGCCUGCAGGGCACCACCAUCAGGGAGGAAGAUGAGUACUCAGAACUGCGGUCAGAACUCAGCCAGAGUCAGCAUGAGGCCAACGAGGACUCUCGCAGCGUGGACCAAGACCAGACCUCUGUCUCCAAUCCCGAAAACCAGUCCACCAUGGUCACGGCUGACAUGGACAACUGCAGCGACCUGGACUCAGAACUGCAGAGGGUGCUGACGGGGCUGGAGAAUGCCCUCUGUGACCGCAAGAAGAGCAGCUGCAGCCUCUCGGUGGCCGAGGUGGACAGGCACAUCGAGCAGCUCACCACGGCCAGCGAGCACUGCGACUUGGCCAUUAAGACAGUUGAGGAGAUUGAGGGGGUGCUUGGCCGGGACCUGUAUCCCAACCUGGCUGAAGAGCGGUCUCGGUGGGAGAAGGAGCUGGCGGGGCUGAGGGAAGAGAAUGAGAGCCUGACCGCCAUGCUGUGCAGCAAAGAGGAGGAGCUGAACCGCACCAAGGCCACCAUGAACGCCAUCCGGGAGGAGCGGGACCGGCUCCGCAGGAGGGUUCGAGAGCUUCAGACUCGACUGCAAAGCGUUCAGGCCACAGGUCCCUCCAGCCCUGGUCGCCUCACGUCCACCAACCGCCCCAUUAACCCCAGCACCGGAGAGCUGAGCACAAGCAGCAGCAGCAAUGACGUCCCCAUCGCCAAGAUUGCUGAGAGGGUAAAGCUAUCCAAGACAAGGUCUGAAUCCUCCUCAUCUGAUCGGCCAGUCCUGGGCUCGGAAAUCAGUAGCAUAGGGGUGUCCAGCAGCGUGGCAGAGCAUCUGGCUCACUCGCUCCAGGACUGCUCCAACAUCCAAGAGAUUUUCCAGACCCUCUACUCACAUGGAUCUGCCAUCUCUGAGAGCAAGAUUCGGGAGUUUGAGGUGGAAACAGAACGGCUGAAUAGCCGUAUAGAACACCUCAAGUCCCAAAAUGACCUCCUGACCAUAACCCUGGAGGAAUGUAAAAGCAACGCCGAGAGGAUGAGCAUGCUGGUGGGGAAGUACGAGUCCAACGCCACGGCGCUGAGGCUGGCCCUGCAGUACAGCGAGCAGUGCAUAGAGGCCUAUGAGCUCUUGCUGGCACUGGCCGAGAGUGAACAGAGCCUCAUCCUGGGACAGUUCCGAGCCGCUGGCGUGGGGUCCUCCCCUGGAGACCAGUCCGGGGAUGAAAGCAUCACUCAGAUGCUCAAGCGAGCUCACGACUGCCGGAAGACGGCCGAGAAUGCCGCCAAGGCCCUGCUCAUGAAGCUGGAUGGCAGCUGUGGGGGCGCCUUCGCAGUGGCCGGCUGCGGCGUGCAGCCCUGGGAGAGCCUGUCCUCCAACAGCCACACCAGCACAACCAGCUCCACAGCCAGCAGCUGUGACACCGAGUUCACCAAGGAAGACGAGCAGAGGCUGAAGGAUUAUAUCCAGCAGCUCAAGAACGACAGGGCUGCGGUCAAGCUGACCAUGCUGGAGCUGGAAAGCAUCCACAUCGAUCCCCUCAGCUACGACGUCAAGCCCCGCGGGGACAGCCAGAGGCUGGACCUGGAAAACGCUGUGCUGAUGCAGGAGCUGAUGGCCAUGAAGGAGGAGAUGGCCGAGCUGAAGGCCCAGCUCUACCUGCUGGAGAAAGAGAAGAAGGCUCUGGAGCUGAAGCUGAGCACGCGGGAGGCCCAGGAGCAGGCCUACCUGGUCCACAUCGAGCACCUCAAGUCCGAGGUGGAAGAGCAGAAGGAGCAGCGCGCGCGGUCCCUCAGCUCCACCAGCAGCGGCGGCAAAGACAGGCCCAGCAAGGAGUGUGCUGAUGUCGCCUCCCCGGCUCUGUCACUAGCUGAACUGAGGACAGCCUGCAGCGAGAGCGAGCUGGCUGCAGAGUUCGCCAAUGCCGUCCGUCGAGAAAAGAAAUUAAAGGCCAGAGUUCAGGAACUGGUGAGUGCCUUGGAAAGACUCACCAAGAGCAGUGAAAUCCGGCAUCAGCAGUCAGCGGAGUUCGUUAAUGACCUGAAACGGGCCAACAGCAACCUGGUAGCUGCCUAUGAGAAAGCAAAGAAGAAGCAUCAGAACAAACUGAAGAAGCUGGAGUCGCAGAUGAUGGCCAUGGUGGAGAGACACGAGACCCAAGUCCGCAUGCUCAAGCAGAGAAUCGCUCUGCUGGAGGAGGAGAACUCCAGGCCCCACACCAACGAAACGUCCCUUUAAUCGAGUAAUCAGCACGUGGGCACAAAGUUCUGCCCGUGGGAGCUAAACCCCAGCAGGUCCCAGAGGAGGGAAGGGCCCCAGGAGACAGAGUACCUGUUGGGAGAAUGAGGAAAGGGGAGGUUGGCAGGUGGGUCAGCAUUGGGAUAGUGGAGUGCCCCAGACUCAGCUCUUGGGGUUGAGUGGCCCUGGUGACACGGUGUGGACUAUACUCGGAGGAUCCUGCUCCUCCCGUCCCGGGCCCCCAGGGCGUGUAGACAGGGGCUCUGCACCCCUGCACAGCAGGGCCUGGCUGCUGCUGUCCAGCUCGUUCUUCCGCCCUCCCUCCCAGGCAUUUGUUUUUGUAAGAUUUUCCAUUUUAUUCUCUUGUUAGCAGAAUGGGCUUAUCUUCUGGCAUCCAAAAUUUCUCUUUUAUUUUUGGAAAUAAAAUUUUAUUAAGGGUUUCUUCAGAGCAGAGUGUUAUUAGCACUUCCUACUCCAGGGCACUAGGUAAUUGCUGUUCUGCUGAAUUAAAACUCGUCCACACGAGUACCUGGACCUGUCUCUACAGACGGGUGAGAGGCUGCAUGUUGUCAGAUGGGGAGGAGAUAACGAAUGUUUUGCAAAACGGAUCCACCUGCUUACGAGUGCUACUGCACCCACAGUUCAAAUCUUAGUUCUUGCUGCCAGGAAGGGCACAGGGUGAGGAAAUGGGUGUUGAAGUCUUUUUUCCCCCUCUAUGGUGCUUAGAAGUUUAAUUUCAAACCAAAUGCUGACAGGGCUAGGCAGGACCAAAUUACCUAAACUCUUUCAGGACAGUCUUUUAUCUUAAAAUAAAUCCAUUUUUCCUUUUCUACAGCAAUUGAUACACGUAGAGGCCCACUUACCGGUUUUUUAGUAGCACCAGAGAAUCCACCAAAGCUUGCCUGUUAGAAAUGUAUUCCAAUGCCACAGUUAACCACAAAUUGAAGUUUCUACUGCAGGUCACUGUAGUGAGUCCUGAUGUCCAUAAAUUGUGGGUGGAUCUGUUUGCAGAGAGCAUGAUCCAAAUUACACAGACUCUGUGCAAUGGGGAAUGAUACUCCAGCCACCACGUAGGAGGGCGGACAGUUUUAUCCUAAACGCAACCACCAUUCUUAGGCCAGCAGUGAGGCAGCCCUUCUCCACCCCCAGCCAAAUCAACUGUUAGUAUGGAAGGACCCAACUUUUGGGUGAUUUGAUCACUGUGAAAAAGCCCACUGGCUUCUGUUUGUAUCAUUUGGUCAAAGUUAAUUCCUGUAAGUGAUUUUUUUUUUUUAAAGUCAGUUUUUCAAUCUUCAGCUAAAGUAGCGUUUUUGUCACAAAAAAAAAAUGCUUUGGGGGCGGCGCCUGUGGCUCAGUGAGUAGGGCGCCGGCCCCAUAUGCCAAGGGUUGGCGGGUUCAAGCCCAGCCCCGGCCAAACUGCAACCAAAAAAUAGCCGGGCGUUGUGGCGGGCGCCUGUAGUCCCAGCUGCUCGGGAGGCUGAGGCAGGAGAAUCGCGUAAGCCCAAGAGUUAGAGGUUGCUGUAAGCUGUGUGACGCCACGGCACUCUACCCAAGGGCGGCACAGUGAGACUGUCUCUACAAAAAAAAAAAAAAAAUGCUUUGGAUAAAAAGUAGAAAAAAAUUCAAUCGCAGUUCACACCAUGUUUCAGCUUGCCCAGGGAAAGCUCCUCCCCUGAACAAAGUGGUCUGGACCUGGCUUUCUCUUCUGUGCUUGAACAGGCAUCAAAACGGACAGUUCUCAUUUGUAACAAACCCGCUGCUGAAGCAGAAAUAAAAAUCUGAGCACCCACCUGUUAGGUCCCGUAUUUCCUCCAGACAGAAGAGGCCUCAGCUCCCCUUAUGGGCCCUGGUAUUGCUCAUCCUACCUGGCCUUAGUUUGAGUUUAUACUUCAAUAAAAUAUUUUCAAAUAUGUGGUGAUGUGGGUGAAAAUUUCCUAAGCAAGUGUUACUUUUAUAAUUAUGUAAAAUAAAAAAGCUAUGAAAUAGUA